GUUGUUUUAAUAUGCAGUGCUUCCAUUAUUGUGUGUGUUGUUGACUUUUGGCUGUUGUGCAAUGGAUUCGGCUGAUCCGAUAUAUUCUCCUUUUUUCGGUGUGAUUGGCGCCGUUUCUGCAGUAGUAUUUUGUUGCUUGGGCGCUGCUUAUGGGACUGCCAAGUCCGGAGCAGGCAUCUGCUCUAUGGGAGUAAUGAGACCUGAAUUAAUCAUAAAGUCAAUUAUUCCGGUUGUUAUGGCUGGUAUAAUAGCAAUUUAUGGUCUCGUCGUAGCGGUUCUUAUAGUUCAACGUGGUCAGGAUUUGAAGAAACUUGACGUGUCUCUUAAUCAGCUCGGUGCUGGCCUGAGUGUAGGACUUAGUGGUCUUGGUGCAGGUUUUGCCAUUGGGAUAGUUGGUGAUGCUGGUGUACGUGGCACAGCUCAACAAUCUAGGCUAUUCGUAGGAAUGGUGCUUAUCCUAAUUUUCGCAGAAGUCCUUGGUCUUUACGGAUUAAUUGUCGCUCUUAUUUUGUCCACAAAGUGAACUCCCUUACCUCAACUACCCUACUUACCCUGCUGUCUCAUACUAAUCAACUAUGUCGAAAACAUCCAUUCUUUUGACAUACUUAUCAAUAUAACAAAUUUUAUGUUGUCUGAAACUAAUCCAUUGACCUCGCUGAGGAAUACACUCAGUGGUGAUAUUCAUUUAUCCUUCUACUUAACCAAUCAAUCCAUUCCAAAUCAUGUACGUCCAGCCGAAAUCAAUUUUCCUCAUAUAUUGGACGUGGUUAGUACAUUUUGAUUUUUCAUCUUUUUGUAAGUGAUAUAAAACUGCAAAUCAGUAAUCUGUUCGUGUCAAAUGUUUUAUCUGCGACAUUUAAAUGCAUAUUCUAUUUUCAGUUAGCCUAAUUUAUUGCUGGACACAUGCAUAAUACUUUUUCUUUGUGGUUAUUGUCUUUUUGUAUGUUAAGUCGAUCCAGUUAUACUAAAUAUAGAGUUUUCCUAUCACUGUUAAUCAUAUAUC